AUGCAUCCGCUGCACGUCCCAGCACCGAUUCCUGAUGAUGACGAAGACAGAGUUCACUUCCUCAACACCCUGAGGAUUCUUGACACCGAGGCAGAGCACUCGUUCGAUCGGAUAACAGAAGCCGCCUCGGUCAUCUUCAAAGUACCCAUCGCUCUUGUCAGUCUGGUGGACAGGGAACGUCAGUGGUUCAAGUCAGCUGUCGGUGUCGAUGUUUGUCAGACCCAUAGGGAUGUUGCUUUCUGCGCCCAUGCGAUCCUGCCCAAAGAGCCAAAAGUAUUCAUUGUGAAUGACACUUAUGAAGAUGAGAGGUUCAAGUACAGCGACCUUGUUCUCGGCGAGCCCUACAUACGCUUCUACGCAGGGGCACCGUUAGUGCUGUACACGGAUGACGGCAUGUGGAAGCUGGGAACCAUCUGCAUCAUCGACCAGAAGCCUCGGACGCUGCGAGAUGACGAGGUUCUCCUGCUGGAGAUGCUCGGGCGCUUGGUCGUGGCAGAGAUCGAACUGAGGGAGAAGCUAGCGAAGAAGCACAGAGAGAGGAUCGAUGAGGUGCAUGAGGGAGCGCAAGUGUGGGCGAAGGAGAUGAACACGGCUUACAUCGGACAAGUCGCUCACGACCUCCGCACUCCUCUCAAUAGCUUCUACCUUGGCUUGCAAGCUCUUUCCAGCACUCCUUUGACUUCGGAGCAGAAGAGCCUCAUCGAUACAAUGGAGAUCUCCGCAGAGCUGAUGUCGUUGACCUGCACCAAAGCCAUCGAUCACACCAAGUCAACCAUGGGGAAGGAUCUGCAUGCAGCCCGCGGGGCGUUCGACCUCGAGAAGAUGCUCAGGAAGAGUGAGAAAGUUGUGCUGGGGUACACGCACCAGUCCAUCGAUGUCUCCUAUGAGUUCGUAAUCAAGGCGGGAGUGUACAAGAAGAUCAUCUCGGAUGAGGAUUGGGUGUGGCAGAUGCUCAUGAACUACCUUUGCAACGCUAGGAAGUUCACCACCCAUGGGUACAUCAGGACGACUGUUUCUCUCUCCAAGUCAAGGGAGGGGAAGAGCAUGAUCAGGUUCUCAGUGGCGGACACCGGUAUCGGCGUCGACAAGGACAAGAUGGACCUCCUCUUCAAGCCCUUCGGGCAGCUGCAGGACUUCAGCGGAGGAACAGGCCUAGGUUUGUUCUCUGUGAGAGAGAAAGCGAUCAAGUUGGGAGGAGCGUGUGGGGUUACGAUGAACGAGCCCAAGGGGACGAUUUUCUGGUUUGAAGUUCCUUACGUCCCGAUUACCAACGACGACGAUGGAGUGUGCUCGACAGCUCUCGCUGCUCUCACUUGCGACGUCAAGUGGAAGGCGCAGGACUCCCAGCUGAAGGUGAACAAGGAGGGGAGCAAGAAGAUCGAAACGGUGCAGGCCGCAGAGAUUCAGCAGGAGAUCAAGGCCAAUGAUGGAGAGCUACAUGUCCUCGUAGUGGAGGACGACGUUCCCACACGGACGCUGAUGGUUCACGGGCUCAAGAGGAAGGGCUACGUGGUACAUCAGGCAGGCAAUGGGGAGGAAGGGCUGGAGCAGAUGCAGAGGAGAAUGUUCCACAUGGUCCUGUGCGACAUCAUGAUGCCGGUGAUGGACGGAGUGGAGUGUGUGAAGAGACUACGAGCGUGGGAGAGCACGCAGUCGAGAACGUCACAGUUCAUCUGCGCUCUCUCUGCCAACACAGAUGUUUCGGAUGUCAAUAAGUGCAUGGGAGCUGGGAUGAGCGACUUCUUCCCCAAGCCUGUCAAGAUUCCGGCCCUCCUGAAGUUUCUUGAAGGCAAAUUCAUGAAGCUCUAG